AUGUUCAUGGAGGCGGCCGUCCCCAACGUGACUCGCGCCUCUUCGCAAAAAGGAGACGUGGGCAUCUGGUUCCCCUCAACCACCACCGGUCAGCCGUCGCAGUUCAUCACGUCGCGGCCUCCGCCCGUCAUGGAUGGCUUCAUGCUCCCUUUUGUGAGGGAGCACUGCCUGACCUGCUUGCCCCCUGACGCGGACUAUGUGCGACUCAAAAGGGUGUUUUUGCAAAAGGUCCAUCCCAUCUUUCCCGUCAUCCCAAUAGCCGCCCUCGACGGGCCGACAGACAAUCCCGCCAACAUUGUGCUACGGCAACUUGCUUGUCUGGCAGCCGGUGCUGAUCCAGACAUGACUCCGUUUCUGCGUCUGAACAACAAAGGCCCCAACCCACUACGGCCCGCAGACUUCUCCAGCACGUUAUCAUCCUCAGUCCGCGCCAUCCUGGAAACCAGCAUUAUCCCCGACAGGGUCGUACAUAUACAAGCACUGACUAUGCUGUCCCUAUACACACAGCCCACCUGCGCUGAGGAGUCCGACUUGCCGGCCCAGCUUGGUGGUAGGGCGAUUCAUCACAUCCAGACCUUGGGAUUACACCUGUUGAGAUAUGACGGACCCAAUUUCAGCGACUUGGAAAAUCUCUUUUGCGCAGUUUGGGCUCUUGAUAGAAUUAACGCCGCCAUGUAUGGACGGCCUUGUCUGAUCCACGAAAGGGAUAUAGGAGCCGAUCUCGACGCAUGCAUCAGAAAGCGCGAGCCUGCCUUCCGGCUUCUGCUGUCUGUGGCACAGUGGCUAGACAAGGUGGUGGAGCUGUAUCGUCCCGGUCCGAGUGCCCAAGUCUCUGGCUUCGACAAGAUUGCAUACAUUGAUCUCCCCGUUCUUGAAGCAAUGAUUGUGGACGCAGACGCGCUUAAGGUCCCAACGUCACUCAUUGCUACUAUUGAGACAUUUUAUCAUGCCGUCAUCAUCCUGUCGUGCCGGCUGCCUCGGCCAGGAACAAGAAUUGCAGCCUCGACAUUACCGCCACCGUCUGCCAACGCCCGCCGUUCAUUAGCAGCCGAGCGUAUCGCAUGUGCAGUACCGAGGGACUGCCUGAGCUCUUUUCCGUUUAUUCCCUACGCAGUAUCCCUCGCCUUGAGCGUCGAGUACCGGAAGAUGAGGCACAGCCGGUUGCCAAUGUUCCGCGCGCGAGCUAUGAGCGCCUUCAAAAGGAACUGUGACCUCCUCCGAACCUAUGGGGACCAUUACUGGAGUGCCGGAGUUGUUGCCGGGCUUGGAGAGCGCGUUCUGAGGGAGAUGGAGCGCGCGGCCAACACACUGGCCAAAGACCUGAGCCCUCAACCUGCUGAAGUACAGCCGAAGCCCCUCCCGAAGAACUAUGAUAGCUCAACUCCACAAGAUGCAGGACCGACGCCAUCAGGCGACGCGCCUCCUAUGAACUCCACCAUGGGCUUUGAUAACGUCUUAGACUUUUCGGUCAUCGAGGCGAUUUCCGGACAGGACGUGUUUGGGCACAUUGACCCCAGCUUCAACCUCGACGCAGUGGAAGAUGCCUUGGAGGCGAACCUCGACAUUGGUCUCCCGCCUAAUUGGGGAGACUGGGGGCAGUUUGCUACCUGA